GGAAAAACUCAUCCGUUUUAAAAAGUUUGUAAGGAUAGAUAUUAGAGUGUGAAGUGAAGUGUAGAAAUAAAGACUCCAUUUUUAGGCUAAUUUUUGCCAUAGAUUUCUUUGAGGUAGUUAAACUUUCUCACAGACUAUUGGCUGUUGAUUGCUUCUCCUAUGUCCAAUCGGAUGGUGCUUAGCUACACCAAUUCAUUUGCAUUAUUUAGACCUAAAUUUAAUGGCCAUUUCAUUCCCUCCAUAUACCACUCUGAUGUGUUAUCCUUGACGAGGCAUGUGUCUUCCACAACUGCUCUCUCCUUUUGUCAGCUUCAGGCAUCAAAACAUCAUGAUAGUGCAGUUACUGUUGCAAGUGAUGUUAGAUAUGGUAGUAAACAGAUUAUAAGUGUUGAUUCGACACUGUAUGACUACAUAUUGACCAAUGUUAGAGAACCAAAGAUUUUGCGUGAACUUAGGGAGGAGACAGCAACAAUGCGAGGUAGUCAGAUGCAGGUGUCACCGGAUCAAGCACAACUACUUGCUAUGCUCGUCCAAAUUCUUGGGGCAAAAAGGUGUAUUGAAGUGGGAACAUAUACUGGAUAUUCAUCCUUGGCUGUUGCCUUGGUCCUUCCAGAAGGGGGUCAUUUAGUUGCUUGUGACAGAGAUGGCAAAGCAAUUGAGGUUGCAAAAAGAUAUUAUGACCGAGCUGGUGUGUCACAUAAGGUGGAUGUACGACAUGGUCUAGCAGCAGAUACUUUGAAGUCUUUGAUUCAAAAUGGUGAAAGUUGCAGAUAUGAUUUUGCAUUUGUUGACGCAGAAAAGAAAAUGUAUCAAGAGUACUUUGAGUUGCUGCUACAACUGGUAAGAGUCGGAGGUCUUAUUGUAGUCGAUAAUGUCCUAUGGCAUGGAAGAGUUUCCGAUCCACUGGUAAAUGAUUCCAAGACUCUUAGCAUUAGAAACUUUAAUGAAAACUUGAUGAAGGAUAACCGCGUCGACAUCAGUAUGGUGCCUAUUGGUGAUGGUAUGACAAUUUGUAGAAAAAGAUGAAGCUUAAAAAGAGGUUAGAUAUUGAAAACUACCUUAGCCAAGCCAUUUUAUGCUUGUUUAGUCUAAGUUUCUAGUGUAAUAUUUUGUUGUUUCACUUAUCCAUUUGUAAGAGAGUGUAAGUUUAUGGCGCUAAUUCAAAUUUAGUAGGGCUCCAAUAUGGGUAUCAGACAUCGGGUGGAAAAUCAAAAAAAGAAAUUUAUUUGACUUCUCACCUUGGACUUUUUGAAUUCCGAUUUACUUCGUCUUGAAAUAUUUAUCGUGAUUUUCAUUUACGCAACUGACAUUAAUUAGGAA